AUGGAUACUAACGGAUCGAUGUACAGCGAUGAGUCGCUAUCACCAACAAAUGUAACGACAGGCGAUCAAUGCACCACCAAGCUUCCCACGGUUCAGGAAUACCUCGAUGGCCUGAACUACCCAAUCGCCUUGAUCAUCGUUGGCACGGUGGUAUUGAGUAUUGCAACGAUAAGCAUCUUCUUCAAGAAUGCCUACCAUAUCCUCCAUCGGACGCCGAAGCAGUUCAAAACCAAAUCGGUCCUACUGCUUAGCAUCUACCCCCUAAUAACCCUCUUUUCCGUGGUGUCCAUCGCGGUGCCCCGUGCCUUUUUCUUGUGUGACACGGUAAUGCACGUUUACUUCAUGGUCUGCGCAUAUGUUUUCUUCGGCCUCUGCAUGCAAUAUGUCAACGGAGAGGAUGCGCUUAUCAAAUCAACCGAUUCGCAGACAUUUUCCUUGCGAACACCACCACUGUGCUGCUGCGUACCGCUUUUCAAACGAGCCUCCGUUACCAAAAAUCGAUUGCUUUUUGUACGAAUGCUUAUCAUGCAAUUACCGGUCGUACAAACAGCUCUCUUCUUGGCGCUAAAUGUAGUUUUUGUCGAGGACUACCCGAAUUUUAACCGCAUUAUCCUGUACUUUGUGCCAUUGAUCGUCAUUUCGAUCCUGUUGGGAGUGUGGGGAUUGAACAUUCUCGUCCGAAUGCUUGCACCGCUCUACUCCGAUCUUAAAUUGAUGGGAAAAUAUUUUGUCCUGCAAGCCGUAUUGAUUCUCUGCCGGAUACAGCCACUGAUAAUUGGAGUUAUCGUAAGCAAGAGUAUAUCCGACUGCGAAUUUCCCAUCACACUGCAGGUUCAAAAGAAUGCUGUUUUUCAACUGUGCCUUUGCUUCGAGAUGGUGGUACUGUCCUUCUGGGCUUCGCUUCUCUACAAAUCACCUUCUACGAUAAUAGCACAAGGAUAAGCUAUGCAACAUGGAACCUGCUAAACGGAUUUUGGAAAAAAAUCUACCAAUGAUAUUACGAAGAAUA